GUCCGUGAGUGGGAGGGGACGGGGGCGGUGAAUUCAGAGACAGACCGAGAGUCUGCUGCGACGGGUAUUUGCUGGUGCUGCAGGUGCUGGUAGUAGAGAUGUUCUUACUAAACAUGGUCCAACAAAACGGGAUGAAAUAUCAGCGUUAAGAAUGUAGAAGAUUUCUCUGUGAUGAAGAUCCUCACAUCCCCGUGGACUUCUUCCUGGAUGCUGGAGGACAGCAGGAACUCUAACCGAUACCAGCGAGCGGCGCUCAUGUGGACCUCAGCUCUGAGAAGAUGGCGGGAGGCAUGAGGAGGAACGCCGGGAUGGUGUGGAGAUUGGGGGUUUACGCACGGCUGCUGGCGACGAGCGUGCUACUGGGAGCCGAGUUGAACCGACUGGGUCGGAGGGAUCAGAUCGGGGUCGGCGCCCAGAACAACGAGAGACGGGUGCUAGCUCGCAUCCCGGGCGACAUCAUCAUCGGAGCCCUGUUCUCCAUCCAUCACCAGCCGCCCGCAGACAAGGUGCACGAAAGGAAGUGCGGGGCGGUGCGCGAGCAGUAUGGGAUCCAGAGGGUGGAGGCCAUGAUGCACACGCUGGAUCGGAUCAAUGCUGACCCCAACAUCCUACCCAAUAUCACUCUGGGCUGUGAGAUCAGGGACUCGUGCUGGCACUCAGCAGUGGCCCUGGAGCAGAGCAUCGAGUUCAUCCGGGACACGUUGGUGUCCACCGAGGAGGAGGAGAGCCAUGCCAGGUGCACCGCACCUGAUGGCGUUGCGCCGUUGCCGCAGAGCAAGAAGCCCAUCGUGGGCCUCAUCGGCCCAGGGUCCAGCUCAGUGGCCAUCCAAGUGCAGAACCUGCUGCAGCUCUUCAACAUCCCGCAGAUCGCCUACUCAGCCACCAGCAUGACUCUCAGUGACAAAAGCCUGUUUAAGUACUUCAUGAGGGUGGUGCCGUCGGACAUGCAGCAGGCCAGAGCCAUGGUGGACAUUGUCAAGAGGUACAACUGGAGCUACGUUUCUGCCAUACACACAGAGGGAAACUACGGCGAGAGCGGCAUGGAGGCCUUCAAGGACAUGGCGGCCAAGGAGGGCAUCUGCAUCGCGCACUCGGACAAGAUCUACAGCAACGCCGGCGAGCGCGCCUUCGAUCGGCUGCUGCACAAGCUGCGGGCCCACCUGCCCAAAGCCCGCGUGGUGGCCUGCUUCUGCGAGGGCAUGACGGUGCGUGGCAUCCUCGCCGCCAUGCGCCGCCAGCGCCUGGUAGGCGACUUCCUGCUGGUGGGGAGCGACGGCUGGGCGGACCGCUACGACGUGACGGACGGGCUGGAGCGCGAGGCGGCGGGCGGCAUCACCAUCAAGCUCAAGUCGGCCUACGUGACGUGGUUCGACGACUACUACCUGAAGCUCAAGCCCGACGCCAACCCGAGGAACCCCUGGUUCCCCGAAUUCUGGCAGCACCGCUUCCAGUGCAAGCUGAGGGGAGUCCCGCAGGAGAGCACCGCCUACAACCGCACGUGCAGCUGGAGGGAGUCCCUGCGCCACCAGUACGCCCAGGACACCAAGAUGGGCUUCGUCAUUAACGCCCUCUACUCCAUGGCGUACGGGCUGCACGCCAUGCAGCAGGACCUCUGCCCGGGCUAUAAGGGUCUGUGUGAGGCCAUGCGGCCCAUCGACGGCCGCCAGCUUCUCGACUUCUUGAUGCAAACCAACUUCACGGGCGUGUCGGGAGAAGUCAUCCACUUUGACCAGAACGGAGACUCACCUGGCAGGUACGAGAUCAUGAACUUCAAGCAAAUGUCCGAGGACGAGUACGCCUACGUGCACGUGGGCAGCUGGGACCAGGGCGGCCUGCGCAUGAAUGACCAGGAGAUCUGGAGCAACGACAGCGACCUCAUACGCUCCGUCUGCUCCGAGCCCUGCCAGAAGGCCCAGAUCAAGGUGAUCCGCAAAGGUGAGGUGAGCUGCUGCUGGACAUGCACGCCCUGCAAGGACAACGAGUUUGUUUUCGACGAGUACACGUGUCGCGCCUGCAUGCUGGGCUCGUGGCCCACUGACGACUUGCGUGGUUGCGAGCCAAUCCCGGUGCAGUACGUGCGCUGGGGAGAUCCAGAACCCAUCGCCGCCGUCGUGUUCGCCUGUCUGGGCCUACUGGCCACGUUCUUUGUCACUGCCGUCUUCAUCAAGUUCUGGGACACGCCGGUGGUGAAGUCGUCCAGCCGCGAGCUGUGCUACAUCAUCCUGGCGGGCAUUUGUCUGGGCUACGCAUGCACGUUCAGCCUGAUCGCCAAGCCGCACCUCGUCUACUGCUACCUGCAGAGGCUCGGCAUCGGCCUGUCGCCCGCCAUGAGCUACUCCGCCCUGGUCACCAAGACCAAUCGCAUCGCUCGCAUCCUGGCAGGCAGCAAGAAGAAGAUCUGCACCAAGAAGCCUCGCUUCAUGUCCGCCUGCGCUCAGCUGGUCAUCGCCUUCCUGCUCAUUCUGCUGCAGCUCGCCAUCAUUGUGGCGCUGCUUGUCAUCGAGCCCCCAGAGGUGAUUCAUGACUACCCCAGCAUACGUGAAGUGCACUUGAUCUGCAACCUGACCACUCUCGGGGUGGUGGCGCCAUUGGGCUACAACGGCCUGCUCAUCCUCAGCUGCACCUUCUACGCCUUCAAGACUCGUAACGUUCCGGCCAACUUUAACGAGGCCAAGUACAUCGCCUUCACCAUGUACACCACCUGCAUCAUCUGGCUGGCCUUUGUGCCCAUCUACUUUGGCUCCAACUACAAGAUCAUCACCAUGUGCUUCAGUGUCAGCCUCAGUGCCACCGUGGCGCUCUGCUGCAUGUUCUUGCCUAAGGUGUACAUCAUGCUGGCCAAGCCGGAGAAGAACGUGCGCAGCGCCUUCACCACGUCCACGGUGGUGCGCAUGCACGUGGGCGACGCCAAGAAGGCCGCCAAGGCAGCCAAGCCGUCGAGCAGCAUGGCCAACCUGUUCAGGCGCCGCUCGUCCGCGCAGGACAAUGUCAGGUCCAACGGGAAGUCCGCUGCCUGGGAGCAGAACGAGCGAAGCUACAGGCCCAACCUUUGGAAGAGGAUGACCUUCCACGUCAAGAAGAAGGACACCGUAGAAGCCAACCAGACCGCCAUCAUCAAGCCUUUCUCCACAGGCGGCGGGGGUGAGGUGACGACAGGUGGCGAGACUCGAUGGUUCCAAGACGGAGACGACGCACAAGUUUUGCCUUCUGAGCCCCCUGUUAGUGACAUCAGCGUCGUCGCCGUGGGCGAGCUCGGCAUGAUGGGCGGCCCCGUAGAGGGCGCCACCGUCAUGGAACAAAUCAACUGCGUGGUCAACAGUUUCAAUCAGCUGGAUGUCGCGGUGCUUCCGGCCGCCGCCCACGCCGACAGCCCCGCCGGAAAGCUGUACGAGCGCCUGGCACGCCGUGUCCGAGACACGGAGGAGCUGGCCGUGCUCACGCCGCCGUCGCCAUUCCGGGAUGCCUCGCUGAGCUCCGAGGCUAGCUGCGACGCUAGCUCCUCUCGCUCGCUAUCCGGCGCCUCCGAAGCGGAAUACGGGCAACUGCUGCCGAGACACUACAGCCAGAGCGCAUCCUCUCUGUAAACCCCCUCCCGUGGACCAAACUUGUGGUGCCUUCAAAACAGGGGAAAAGUUUUACAUGGAAAAGUACUUUUAAGGGACAAGUGAGGAGGACAUGCUGAUGGAAGUGAAAGUGUGAAUGUGAAUUUAUCGCUGCGGAAUUGCCAUUUAUUUUCAGGAACAACCCAUGUCCCGCUCCUAAUCUGACAUGGGUACACCGCAAUCAGGUGUGUAAAAAAAAAUAAUAAUAAUAAUAAUAAUAAAUCAACAAGUGAAUAUGACAUGUUAAUGUAACAUGAAAAGGGAGCUAAAGCGGGAACAAGCUUUCCUUCCUUGGAAUUUAGAAGUUGGCAGCUUUUCCAAGAACUAUCCACAUCCUCCUCCUUAUCCUACAUCAGGCUGAGAAACACAUCCGGGGAAGAUGACAAGCUAAUGCUAAACCUAAAAGGAAACUAUUUAAAGAGAGGCUUGUGUUUUCCUUGUGCCUCAUAUCUUAGAAUUUUAGAACAUGGCAGCUUUUCCAGGAACUAGCCAUGUCCUGCUGCUCAAAGGACAUUGUGAAAUGCAGUGGGGCGGAAGCGUUAUUAGGAUUCCCACAUAGUUUCCAGGCAGGACGCACCCUGCUCCAACAUUACUAAUAUUGCAGGACACGCGCUCCUGCACUGUGAUUGGCUGAUGGAUCCCGGUAGAACAUGACCACCUCCUUCCAGACGGGAAAAAAAGGAACCAAUCAUGUUGCAGGAGGGGGCGUGUCCUGCCUGGAAACUAAUCCUACCCUUAACCCAUUUUAAACCACCUUAGCCAAAAUCCUAGUCCUAAACGUAACCAUUACAAAGUUCUUUUUAUUUCGUACAAAUGUGAUGCAUGUUUGGGAUGGUUAUCGCGUUACAUCUGCGUAGCCUCCCCUUCCCGCGACGCAGGAACCAAUUAUGUUGCAGGGGGGGGCGUGUCCUGCCUGGAAACCACGUGGGACUCCUAAUAACGCGGGGCGGAAUAUAUGAAGCUGAGGAAAACUUGAAAGCUGCCAUUCUAAUGCUAAUCCUAAAAGGAAGCGAAAGAGUGAACGUGAAUCUAUCGCUGCGCAAAUAGAUUUUUCCAGGAACUUUCCAUGUUCUGCUCCUAAUUCAAAAUGGGUUCACUGCAUCAAGGAGUAAAAUAGAUAUUUUUUUAAAUCAAUUCAAAACGACAUGUUAAUGCUAACAGGAAGCUAUUGAGCGAGAGCAGGUUUUCCUUUCAUCCUCAUCACUUUGUACUGUGAAUGUAUCACUUCAGAGAUGUCCAGGAAAUACCCUCAUCCUGCUCCUGAUUCUACAUGUAUUCAUGUAAAAAACCAUCCAUUGAAGACUUGUUAAUACUAAAUGGAAGCUGAAGCGGGAAUUAAAGAGAUGCCGGCUUUUCCAGGAACUUUCCACGUCCUGUUCCGAAUCCGACAUGAAUUCACUGCAACAGGCGGCGAAAACGUCAAGAUGAGAUGCUAAUGUUAAAAGAAAGCUGAGCAAAGAUGCCAUACGCAUUCAUGUUUUUUUCCCCCACUUUGAAGCUUCACAUUCCAAAGAAAUAUGAAACUAACUGAGACUUUUUUUUUUUUUUUUUUUUGUACAGUUUAAUAUUCAGAAUUGUUUUUGUUAACUAUUGUUUAUUUAGGGGGACUUUUUCGGAGGACCAGGAAGUGUUUACAGCAAAAUUUCCAAGGUUGAAAUCUGAAAUGCUGAUCUGAUAUAUUCAGAUUUGUUAUUAAUCCCAUUGGAAACAAUGCAUAUGUGAACGUUAAGCCCUGUCAAAUGUAAAAAUAACAAAACAGUCUACGUUGACCUUAGCAACAAGUGACGGCAUCUGUUUACUUUGCGUAACUUCCUGCGUGUCUUUUUCGAGUUAAUGCCUUGAUGCUCACUAAUUUGAGGUCACACGGGGACUCCUGACCGUUUGUUACGUGCAACUUUAAAAGCGGAUUUAUCCCACGUUCCACUUUAGCUAAUAAUAUUAAUAUGCUGUGCUGUUUGCAUCUUUGUGUAUGUUUUUCUUAUGGACUAGUACUUUGUAAAAGUUUAUACAAGCUCACAGGCAAACAUUUGUUUAGCUGCAGUUUAAGAAAGAAAAGAAAAAAAAAUAUUAGCGUGAAUGUCAGCGUGGUUUAAAGUGGACCGAAAACCACCUCAGGACCGAUAGUGUAGCAGAGUGCUGAAAUUAUGUUAAUAAUUAAUGAGAAGUUGUUUUUUAAGAUUUUGUCUUUUACCUGAAAAUGUUAACUUUUACCUUUUUGUGCAACGUGACCCGCCUGUACGUACACUAUGGGCUCAUUUUACAAAUGAGGCGUAAAAGCAGCGCCAGACUAAAAUGUUUUUUUUUUUUUUUUUUUUAUUCAGCCCCAAAACACCAGAUGGGUGGGAAUGAUUUAUGUUAUUGAUCGUAAGUGAAAUGUUUUUCUUUUUCUGAUGAGGUGAUUUUUAAGAUUUACAGUGUGUGUGUUUGCUGCAUGUUUACACGCACACGUUGGUGCAAUUUGACUGCAGUGUUGCCAUGUUAGCAUGUAGCUUUGUGCCAAAAGACACUCUUUAUAAUCUUAUUUAUACACUGAUGAGUUAGCUCAGCUCAAAAGCAGUUUACCUUUAAUCGUUUAUUAACUUGUUUAUUUCAAGCAUACUAGUUUACACUGAGUGAUUAGUCAUUGUGUAAAUAAAGUUAAGUGAAUUGAAA